CCUGACUUGUUGCUCCAUCAGAGGCGUGUCACUGGUGGGGGUCGCUUGUGUGGUAGUGCAGACAAGAUGCUGAGACCCCUUAUCAUUGACAACACGUGGGACAGGAUGAAGUGAUCCCUGGCUGUCUGGAGAAGCACGUGAAAAGAAAAUCCAGAAGGGAAAGUAGAGGACACACAGUGCUGGGAAUGUAAGCAGUCUGAGCAUGCUGUCAAUGCAACAGUUUGCUUCUCUGCCUCCUGAAGAGCAAUACCACCAGCAAGUCAUCUGCACAGACAGGGUCUUUGGAGCAGAUGACAGUAAUAUGGGGGAUGGUUGUUCUCAGAAGUUGGCAUCUGCCAAAUACCUACGGAUUUUGCUGCUAGUUCUGAUUCCGUGUAUUUGCGCUCUGAUACUUCUUCUGGUAAUAUUGCUAACAUUUGUAGGUGUAAUGGAGAAAAAUUGUUUUGACUUUAAUAGGAGUGACCCACUAAUUAACAACAAUGGAGUUGGACCUCCUCAGACAGAUGCAACGACAAAUACAAAUGUUUCACGGACAUUAGCAAGAGAUAUGCAACCAGGAUUGUGGAACACUUCUACAACUCAAACUUACCAAAGCCUCACAAACUAUAGUGGAAUAAAAGACACUUUAUUGCAAAAUACAUGGAUCCCUUCUACUCAGGUCACUGUGAAGCAACCCAGCAAGAAAGAUAAGGGCGUUUUAUCCAAAGAUCACCCAGGAAACUUUAGUUUGCAACAAAAUACAAGCACAUGGACAGCAAAAACUGCUACAAAGAUUCUGGAUGAAUUAUCUCUAUCUCCAACCAUUACUCCAGUCUGGCCAAAAAAGCCUGUAACUAAUGUCAAAGAAGGUACCUGUGCAAACAUCACUUACAGCCAAUGCCAAAUGCUGCCAUACAACCAUACUGUGCUAAAAUCAGUUUAUGCAUUUGUCAAGAGCAUUGAAAUGGAAAUGUUCCUGAAGUUUUUCAGUUAUCUCAACCGCCUCAGCUGCUAUCAUCACAUCAUGCUUUUUGGCUGUAGCUUGGCCCUUCCACAAUGCAUCAACCAUGGAGAGACCAGUUAUACGCUGCUACCCUGUCGUUCAUUCUGUGAGGCUGCUCAAGAAGGCUGUGAACCAGUACUUCAGAUGGUUAAUUCCUCAUGGCCAGAUUUCCUUCGCUGCUCGCAGUUUCGGGAGAAAGCAGAAAACAACAACACAAGCCGUGUUUGCUUCUCACCACUUCAAGAGAAAGGAAAGCAAUCCCUCUGUGGAGACGACAGCUUUUUGUGUACCAAUGGAAUCUGCAUCCCCAGGAAAUUAAUGUGCAAUGGAUACAAUGAUUGUGACAACUGGAGCGACGAGGUACAUUGCAAUUGCAGUGAAGAUCUAUUCCGUUGCAGCACAGGGAAAUGCCUUAAUCACAGCUUUGUAUGUGAUGGUUAUGAUGACUGUGGGGAUCUGAGUGAUGAGCAGGAUUGUGAUUGUAACCAUUCACAAAGCUUCAGAUGUGGAGAUGGAAGAUGUAUCAUUUUAAGCUGGGUUUGCGAUGGUGAUCAUGACUGUGCUGACAAAUCUGAUGAAGUAAACUGCUCUUGUCACAGCCAAGGUCUGACUGAGUGCAGGAAUGGGCAGUGCAUCCCAAGUGCCUUCCUCUGUGACGGAGACCAUGACUGUAAGGAUGGCAGCGAUGAGGAGGACUGCAGUAAAAUUAAGGGUCAGUCAUGCCAAGAAGAAGACCCGAGAUGUGUUAACCCAGCAUGCUCAGGUUCUUGUGCCACUGAUGCCAACUGCGGAAUUCCUCAGAAUAAGACCAACUGUAGUCAGUGUGAACCAAUAACUUUGGAGUUAUGCAUGAAUCUUCCAUAUAACUAUACAAAUUUCCCAAAUUACCUUGGUCAUAGGACUCAGAAAGAGGCAUCCAUUAGCUGGGAGUCAUCACUUUUUCCAGCCCUUGUCCAGACUAAUUGUUAUAAGUAUCUCAUGUUCUUUGCAUGCACCAUACUGGUACCCAAAUGUGAACCUCCAACAAACCAACGCAUUCCACCCUGCAGGUCAAUAUGUGAACAUUCAAAAGAGCGCUGUGAAUCUGUAUUAGGAAUUGUGGGUUUGCAGUGGCCAGAGGAUACGGACUGUGCACAGUUCCCAGAUGAAAAAUCAUCUAAUGAAACUUGUCUAAUGCCUGAUGAGGAUGUUGAAGAAUGCUCCCCCAGUCAUUACAAGUGCCGCUCUGGACGAUGCAUCCUGGCUUCCAGAAGAUGUGAUGGAGAAGCAGAUUGUGAAGAUGAUAGUGAUGAAGAGAAUUGUGGUUGCUUAGAAAGAGGUCUUUGGGAAUGCCCCAUAAACAAGAUGUGUAUUAAGCACUCAAUGAUAUGUGAUGGAUUUCCAGAUUGUCCAGAACAGCUAGAAGAAAAAAAUUGUUCAUCCUGUGCGUAUAAUGAACUUGAAUGUGCAAACCAUGAGUGUAUAUCACGUGAUCACUGGUGUGAUGGUCAUGUAGACUGCACAGACCGUUCAGAUGAAUGGAGUUGUGUUUCGAUGUCUAAAAGUGUAAGUGAUUUGCCUUUCCUGACCAUUCACAGGUCAGCAUUGGAUUACCACGUAUGUGCUGAUGAAUGGGAGGAAGAGUUAUCUGAGUGGGUCUGCAAGCAAAUGGGUUUAGGAGGCCCCCAAAUAACACAGAUCGCUCAUGAACAAGAAAGUUUUCAAAAUAGCCAAUGGCUACACCUGAAGCCUGAUUGGCGAGAGCAAAAUAGAUCCGCAGUCCAUGAGCUUCUAGUACCAGGACAAAUUUGUGAAAGUAGAAGCAAAAUAUCUCUUCUUUGCACCAAGGAAGAUUGUGGACGACGUCCCGCAGCCCGCAUGAGCAAAAGAAUACUUGGUGGGAGGACCAGUCGCCCAGGACGUUGGCCAUGGCAGUGCUCUUUGCAGAGUGACCCAAGCGGACAUAUCUGCGGAUGUGUUCUUAUUGGAAAAAAAUGGGUGCUGACAGUAGCACACUGCUUUGAGGGGAGAGAAAAUGCUGCCGUGUGGAAGGUUGUAUUUGGUAUCAACAACUUGGAUCACCCAUCUGAUUUCAUGCAGACACGUCUAGUGAAGACAAUAAUCCUGCACCCACGCUACAAUAGAGCAGUGGUGGAUUAUGAUAUUAGCAUUGUGCAACUGAAUGAAGAUAUUAUUGAAACAAGCUACGUAAGACCUGUUUGCCUCCCUAUGAAAGACCAAGUAGCUGAGCCCGAUACAUAUUGUUACAUUACAGGCUGGGGGCACAUGGGUAACAAAAUGCCGUUUAAGUUGCAAGAAGGGGAAGUGCGGAUUAUUUCCUUGGAGCGUUGCCAGACGUAUUUUGACAUAAAAACUAUAACAUCUAGGAUGCUAUGUGCAGGAUAUGAAUCUGGAACCAUAGAUUCAUGCAUGGGUGACAGUGGUGGGCCACUUGUUUGUGAACAACCAGGAGGGCAGUGGACAUUGUUUGGUCUGACUUCCUGGGGAUCUGUAUGCUUUUCCAAAGUCUUAGGGCCUGGAGUCUACAGCAACGUGUCACAUUUUGCUGAGUGGAUUGAAAGGCAGAUUUUCAUUCACAGCUAUUUACUCACUUAAGGACACUGCAUCAGGGAAAAAGUAUUAAAUACAAAAUAGACUUGUUAAGAACUUGCCUUAACCUCACAGAAAGUUUCAUAUGUAGAAAUAUCUGUGGAUAUCAAUGAUAUAUUUUAGUUUAUGGUAUCAGAUAUUUUAGUCUGAAACUAUGAAUUUUGUACAUAUCUGUUCAAAGAUUUGUUGUGCUGUGUAACCAUUCCUAAAUUAACUCAUGAUGGGGUUGUGCUCUUAUUUGAUACUGAGCCAAUGCAGUGUUGGACAUAAAUUCGCAAUGACUUGUACAACUUUGUUUCUCUUACAAACCACGUCCUUUGGCUACAAACACUGGCUUCAUAGACAGGCGGUUAAAGGGGCAUAACAGUAAAAACUAAACUAUAUAUUGCUAGAGUAAUUUGUUGUUUAACUAAAAGCCCACCAAAUGUUUCUUCAAUAUCCUCUAUAGAAUGAAAAAAGUCUCAGCAGCACACCUGUCAUAUUCAUAGUAAUCCUGCAGCGUCUGAUCGUAUCCGUUUGUGUGGGUGACACCAAGAAAAUGCUGUGUGCCACACUUUUAGCCAAACUUUAUAUAAAGAAACUUCUGAAAAAUAGAAAUGGAAUUACUGCUCUAGUGAUUAUAGAGCAGUAGUAUGUGCGUGUGUGUGUGUAUAUAUAUAGAAAAUGUUGCUAACCCUGUGGCAGUGUAGUACCUUGUAAAAUUAUAACAUUUUCUGCUAUGCAAGCUACAAAUUACUUGUAUAAUUUUGCAUAAAUUUAUUUCAUGAUAAUCUGUGCAAUAAUCAUUGAAAAAUGUUAACGUGAGCUAAAUUUAGUAAAAUAUUGGCUUCAAUUUUAGCCGGGUGGUACACACAUUAAAAAAGUCCUAGGGAGAACACUGAUAUAUAAAUAUAUAUAUAUAUAUAUAUAUAUAUAUAUAUAUAUA